UCCGCGGCUACAAAUGACGUCACUUCCUACACAAGUGGUCUGGUGUGACAGCUGAAAACAACAAUAACAAGAUCGAAGAGGAGCGAGUUCAGCGAUAAAAUUGCUUCUGGUGUCCCUCCUCUUAUCCCUGAGCUCCUUGUUAAGGAAAGGUGAACUGAGUGGCCUUUCAGGACACACUCACAGAAAAGUGUGGUUGAGGACUUGUGGGAAGACACAUUUACAGCAGACAUCAGUCCUGUGUGGGACAGGGCCAUGGAGGCACCUGAGGGGGAAGGCCGCACAUUCAUGCAGGUGAUCAGUGAAAAAUACAGCCCAGAGAACUUUCCGUACCGCCGAGGCCCGGGAAUGGGGGUGGUCGUACCAUCUGGCCACCAGGGAUCUCCUAUGAAAGACCGGCUGAACCUGCCCAGUGUGUUAGUCUUGAAUGGCUGUGGAAUCAGUAGUGCAGGAGAUGAAGGAGAGAUUGCAGCGUUCUGUGCUCAUGUGGUCGAGCUGGACCUUUCUCAUAAUAAACUCCAGGACUGGCAUGAGAUUAGUAAGAUUGUUGCAAACAUUCCAAACCUGGACUUCCUGAACCUCAGCUCGAACCCACUGAGCGAAGCGGCGCUGGAGCCAGACUGUGCUGAGGCUUUCUCCAGAGUGCGGCGCUUCGUCCUCAACAACACCCAAGUGUCCUGGGACGUUGUGCACACCUUCACGCGCGAAAUGCCUGAACUGGAGGAGCUGUUCCUGUGCCUUAAUGAGUACAGUACUGUGACGGCAUCUGCCACUCCAUGUACUUCGCUUCGGCUGCUGCACAUAACGGACAACAGUCUGCAUGACUGGAGCGAGGUGCGCAAGUUCGGCUCAAUGUUCCCCUCUCUGGAUACACUUGUCCUGGCUAACAACAACCUGGACUCCAUUCUUGAAUCGGGGGACAAUCUCUGCCGACUUUUUCCCAAUUUGCGCAGCAUCAAUCUGCAUAACUCAGGUCUAAAUCGCUGGGAGGACAUUGAGAAGCUAAAUUUCUUACCUAAACUGGAGGAGGUGAGGCUACAGGGCAUUCCCCUUCUGCAGACCUACACCAACACGGAGCGACGCAGUCUCAUGAUAGCGCAACUGCCAUCUGUGACCUGCCUGAACGGGAGCGUGGUGACGGAGGGAGAGCGAGAGGAUGCAGAGAGGUUCUUCAUCCGUUACCAUCUGGAUCACCCUGAAGAGGAGCUGCCUCACAGGUACCACUCUUUGGUGACCAAGUAUGGGAAGCUGGCCCCACUGGCUGAAAUUGACCUGCGGCCACGCUGCCAUGCUAAGGUGGAGGUGCACUGUGAGGACCGAGUGGAACAGGUGAGCAUCCGGUUGGACCAGACUGUGGCCGAGCUGAAGAAGCAGCUGAGGACAGUGGUUCAGCUCUCCACCAGCAACAUGCGCCUCUAUUACAUCGACAAAGACAUGUGCUCCGCUUUCGGCCCUGAGGAGAUGAAGUACAGCACGAGGGCCCUCCACUCCUACAGCAUUCGCGACGGGGACGAGAUUCUGGUGGUGCCCAAGACCAAAUGACUGACCGGCACUCACAGGACCUAGAAAAACUGUUUGGAAUAAUGAAAUCCUUUCUGAACUAGCCCUCUGUAGGGUCCACGGUAUUUGACAUGAUUCAGGAAAAAAAAGAACACCUAUACUUAUCAGACUGGCUCAGAUUUUGAAGACAUUGUUGUGUUGUAAAGGGCAUCUCACAAAUCACAGUCGCUACACGGUCACCACACACAUUGCUUAAUGUGUGCGGCCCUGCACUUGUUGCCAUAGUAUAUAUAAGUGGCUUCCCUUGUUUUUGUUGACUUUGCCCUUGUAUGGGGUUUGCUAUUAACUUUCAGUAAAUGCCUGUCUCUUCAAGACAAAAGCACAAAAGAGGAUGCACUUUUUUGGCAGUCCAAAUCUUAUCCAUCUUAAGAACCUCGCGACAAUCAUCUGCGACUUAUGCUAUCCCGGUUUGCAGCAGGUGCAGAAAAGGCGUUGGACGGUGCGGAUGUCUUGAGGAGAAAUGGUGGAUUUGCUGAUGGUGUAUGUAUGCUGUGUCAGCCUAGUAAAAGACUCACAUUUGGAAACAUCUUAUGGAGGGGAAGUGCUGGCCUUUCAUGCUUUUUUUGUAGUAACAGAUGCUACUGAACAGUGUUGGACAUUGCAGAGUUGAACAACAGUCCUUUUUUUUUUAUUUAUUUUGUAAUGUUCCAUUAUUGCAUGAAUACAAGGCAACUUAGUGUUUGCUCUGGUGGUUAGAGUUGGCAAUAAGUAUCAGCACCAUAUCAGAAUCAGACAAUAAUUAUUUAAAACCUCAGCAUCAGUAUCCAUUCAGUCUUAGGGUUUAGUAACUGAUAUUCAGAGACGAUAUGAUCAUGCUUUGGAAGGAAAGAAGGAACUGCUCUGUAGCUUUGCGCAAAAUAGACUUAGUGUGACCAUCUAGUAAAAAUGUACAUGGUAGGGGUGCACAAUCAUUUCAGAAUCAAAACAAUAAUGGCAGACAGUUGCUUAAAAAAUUAUCAGACAGAUGUUUAGAUUUGACAGGUAUUUCAAACCAAUAUCUGAUGACAUCUGUAUUGUACUCUGGAAUAGCAGAAUGUUUAGGAGAUGCUAAAGUAUCUGCAUUUUAUAAAUUUUACUGCAUUUUUAACCCUUUACAAAUAUAUAUUAGAUUUCUCUCUAAUGCCAUUCCAGGUAGAUUUAGUACCAAUGUCUUUAAUGUUUAUGUGUCGGCAUCGGCAGAAACGUUUCGGAUAUCACAUAAUGGAUAUUGUUUUGUGAUUUUCUUUAAUGAAGCCACCAGACUGAUGAAGAAAAUCCACUUUUCUUUAAAGGUACAUAUAAAGCAGAAUGCCCAAAAGUUCCAUCUUGCCAAUAGAAAAAAAUACUACAUAUAUAUCAAGCCACAUGGUGAUUUCUUAAUGAAAAAAUCAUACCUUAAUGACUUUUGUUCACUGGUACUACUUUGUUAAAAUCUCCAGUGCAUUUAUGCGGCUGAUUGCAUUUCAUUUGCCUGUUUUUACUGCGUAUACGUUCGCCUUGUUUCAGUUUGGUGCCAUUUGUAAAAAUAGGAGUAUGACUAUUUGGCCAGCUAAAAAGUUGUCACUGAAUGUGUUGCUCUGUGCCGUUUUCAUUCUCAUAAAUCUGUUUACAAGCACUGGAUGACUGUGCAGUUCAGGACUGUUUCCUUUUUUACAGGAUAUGACCAUGUUGAUGUUUAGAAUCUAAAGCCUUGAAUCGAUGAGUCAGUCCUGAAAAAAGAAUUUCAGGAAUUAUUUUGCACUGGAUAUUGUUUGUUAUUCGUUUGUGGAAAGACUGUGAGCAUGCUUUAAAGCAGCUGGCAGCAAAAUGAAGAUCAAAAUUUGACACAGUUCUCACUCUCGGUACAAAAUUAGUGAACAACCAUGAAAUUUGAAAUACAACAAUGUCUAAUAUCAGUAAUAUGUCAUUAUGUUGGGAAAACUCCAUAAAAAAUAUACAGAGUUUUAACAGAGCAGUGGUUUAGAUCUACUAUCAUGUUCCAAGUGAGGUUAGUGCUUAGGCCAAAUGAAUCGCCUGAUUUUACCAAGCAUUGCUAAUUUCAAGGGACAUUUUUAAAAAAAUAUUCCUAUAUUUGACCGUUUGGAUGUGAUUUUUUUGGUGGACAUGGAGUAUUAUCCAAUAUAGUAUGAUAUAUUCCAGAAAUAUCAUAUACUUCAGCAAAAUGACCAAGAUUCCUUCAAAUUACAGUUAGUAUAAUUCUAUCAUCAUAUCACUGGCACCUUUUAGACCACUAUAUACUUUUUUUGUUUUGGUAAUUAAUAAAAUGUCUGUAGAAAAAGUAUUACACUAAAGUAUUCUAUGAAAGUUAGGGUGUAGUUUAUUUAUCAUAAUUAUAAAUUAUUAAACUAUGUUAUUGAUCAUAGACACAACUCAUGUAUCUAUACAGUUCAUGGUUUUUGCACAUUAAUACCCUGGUGAGAUAUACCCAGUAGGUUGACAGCUACAUUUCAGGUUGUAAUAGCUCCAGAUUUGGGGGAAUAUCAACUAAUCUUAGAAGCUGAAAUUGGAAUCAAAAUGAAAAUGAAGUGUGCAGAUAACUAUAGCAAUGUCUGUUUUUUUUUCUUUUUACUGUAACUGUUGUACGUGUUUUACUGUACUAUUGUUUUUUUUUUCACCAAAUGGUGUUUGAGAUGACAUUGUCCAAAUCAUGUUAUUUAAGAAUAACAGAGUAGUUUGUGAUGUCAUCUUUGUUUUCCUUAUAUAUGAUUACCAAAACACAAGUGGGUAGUUGGUUAGAGAGCAAGUAGCAACUUCAAUCUAUAUUAAACCCAAGAAUAGACCAUGAAGACUAUAAUAUGUAUAAUCACAUUCCCAUAUUGGAAGAAAAGAUAAAGCGCUCAUUGUUUUGUAUUGUAUUUAAUCGAGGGACCUGCCCAUAUAAAAAGGUGUAUUGUAGAUGUUUGAUUAUUGACUAAUAUUUGUUGAAAAAAAGAAUACUUUACACCCUGAUUGUGCUUACAGCAAAUGAUCAAAGAUAGCAGGAGUUUACAUUGUGUUCUUUUUGAAGAAAUAUCUUUGAAUAGAUGGAUAAUGUGAAAGAAAUUGUCGUUGGUUUCAUUGGUUCUCUUUUGUAAUGUUUUGUUUAAUGCCUGGGUCUUAUUUAUUUGCAUUAAUUUGUUUUGAAAUGAAUUGAAUAAGCUCUGAAUGUAUGCUGUGGAUGUUCUCUAGUAGUGGUUUUUACUUCUUUGAUUCAGAGCCACAUAUCUAGAAGUUAUGUAUCAGGUAUCAUAUUUUUAAACCUUGCUUUAACCACCAAAGGAAGACUUAAUCUUCAAAUCUGAACAAUGUGACAAAUGUAUAUUGUGAAGGGUAUGUAACAGUACUUUGCCACAAAAGGGACAGAGAAAUUGACUUCCACCCAUUGAGUACAUUUACUGUCCAUCAACAUGACCACUGAGAAAACAGUUGUUUUUGUUCAGUCCUGCAUAUACAGAAGGGUGAGUUUCAAACGGCAUGGUUUUGGAUUUGCUUUCACAAGUUCAUCCAUCCAAAUGCAUGUGUUAACUGACUUAUGCUGUUGCACAAAUAAGUGGAAACGAAUCAGUCCGCAACGUGUUCUCAGUGUUUCUUUGUUGGGAAUGAAAUGCUUCGAAAGUGGAAGGGAAAUAAACAAAUAACUGAGGUGUGUUUA